AGCUCUCAAACAGUCACUUUGGUUUCCUUUUUAGCAUAAUUAUAUUCACAAAUCACACCCCCCAGUAAUUAGCUCCCAACAUUUCCCCUUACAUAACUCCACAAACUUCAUCUCCAUUUCUUCGUAUCUUCUUCCAAUAUUUCCCAAACCUUUGUCAAACAUGGAGAUAUUGUCACAAAUCUGGUCAUUCUUAGGCCUUCUAACAGUUCUCCAAAACGUUUUGCCCACUCAGCUUGUAUCCUUGCUUCACUCUUUCUAUGAAUCUAUCCAAGAUUUCAUUAGCCCUUAUUCCUACUUCGAAAUCCCCGAAUUCAACGGCUAUUGUGGAGUUGACGUUAACGAUCUUUAUCGACACGUAAACCUUUACUUGAACUCCAUAAACUCCUCUUCCACUUGCCGUCGUCUUACUCUCUCUCGCUCUAAAUCUUCCAACCGCAUUUCCUACACCGUGGCCCCUAAUCAGAUGGUCCACGACACUUUCCGUGGUCACCACCUUUCUUGGACACAUCAGGUCGACAACGUUCAGGACUCGGUUGAAGAGAAGCGUAGCUUCACCCUCAAACUUCCCAAACGCCACCGCCUUGAACUCCUCAACCCUUACCUCGAGCAGGUAACUGCUCGAGCGGAGGAGUUCGAGAGGGUUUCUCGUGAGAGGAGACUCUUCACGAACAACGGUCAUGGUUCGUAUGAAUCUGGCUGGUCCUCUGUCCCUUUUCGCCACCCUUCCACAUUCGAAACACUCGCCCUCGAGCCGGAGCUGAAGACACAACUCAUGGAUGACCUAACUGCAUUUUCGGAAGGAAAAGAGUUCUACCACAAGAUCGGACGUGCAUGGAAGCGUGGUUACUUGCUAUAUGGACCCCCAGGAUCAGGUAAAUCGAGCCUCAUUGCUGCCAUGGCGAAUUUUCUUUGCUACGACGUGUAUGAUCUCGAGCUCAGCAAAGUCUCAGACAACUCUGAACUCAGAGCUUUACUUAUACAAACAACAAAUCGGUCCAUCAUCGUCAUUGAGGACAUCGAUUGUUCCGUUAACUUAACGGGCGAUAGGCGGACAAAAAUGAGGAAUAACCAAUCAAUGCACAAGAAGAAUCGCCAUCAUGUCAUUGGCGAUAAUACAGAAGAUAACGGACGGGUUACAUUAUCGGGCCUGUUGAACUUCACCGAUGGGCUAUGGUCGUGUUGUGGAGAAGAGAAGGUGAUAGUUUUCACUACAAAUCAUAAGGACAAUGUAGACCCGGCGCUGCUUAGAUGUGGGCGCAUGGACAUGCACGUUAGCCUUGGCACGUGUGGGAUGCAUGCCUUCAAGGUCUUGGUGAAGAAUUACUUAGGGUUGGACUCGCACGUGCUGUUCGACGUGGUGGAGAGUUGCAUAAGGUCUGGUGGGACCCUCACGCCAGCUCAUAUUGGAGAGAUCUUGUUGAGGAAUAGGAGGGAUGCUGAUGUGGCAGUAAAAGCUGCGUUGACCGCCAUGCAAGCGAAGAUUUUGGGUGCUGAUGUGGAUGCAACGGAGGGCGGACACGAGUAUGAUGACAUGACAAGGACGCCGGAGAGAAUAGGUCGGAGCUUGAUGGAGUCGCCAGACAAUUGGCCGGCAGGUUCGCCGGAGAAAAAGAAGAAGAAGGACGGGUCAACUUGGGAUAAAAAUGUCAAAUUCUUAGUAAGGCUUAAAUCGUUGACCAAGUCUGACUCAGGAAGAAGGGGUGUAUAAUGUUUGAUUCUUCAAGUCCAAAAUGUAACUAAUGGAUGAUUAUCUAACUCAUUUUAAGUUAGGUUAAUCUGUUAAUCAGUGGCUAAAUUGUAAUGUUCAAGUAUUAUCCAGUACGUUCUACGCCUAUUUGAAAUGGAAGUUUUGGCUGGAUUUGCCUACCCUAUUUUUAUUUUGUUUAGAUAUGUGGUGUUCA